AUGUUCUCCAAGAUCUUCCUCAUUGCGCUCGCCGCCUCCCCUCUCGUUGCCGCCCACGGCAAGAUCGCAGUCGCGACUGGUGAUGCCGGUGGCAACAGCACUGCUCUGGGUAUCCAGGGUGCUGUGAUCCCCGGUGCCGGCAAGAACAAGGUCACCGAGCCUGACACCACCGUCUUCAAGGGCGACGCAGCCGAUGCUUGUGGACGAACCAACGGCCAAGGAGACAACGACAUCGAGGCCGGUACCCAGGCCGCCAUGGCCCUCUCCGGCAACACCCUGGCUCAGGUCACCCCCGGUGGCUCCGUCUCCGGCACUCUGCACAUCGUCACCUCCGACGGUGCUGGCCCAUACAAGGCCAUGCUCAACACCGACGGCACUGGCCAGAGCUGGACCGCCAUGGACGUCGAGACCCAGGUUCCCGGCACCAAGGGCAAGAUCCAGAAGUCUGAGAAGCGUGCCUGGGCUCGCGCCCUGCAGGCCAUGGGCAUCAUGAAGCGUGCCACCAACAUCAACGAGGACUACCCCUUCAAGGUCAACAUGCCCGCUGGCGCUUCCUGCACUGGCAACAUCGCCGGCCAGGCCAACACUUGCCUUGUCAAGCUCGUCAACCCCAGCAACGCCGGUCCCUUCGGUGGCUGCAUCCCCGUCCAGAUGGUCCAGCCCGGUGCCGCUGCUGCUGCACCCGCUGCUGGCGCCGCCACCGCCCGCCGCAUGGCUCGCAGCUUCGCUGCCUAA